CAACCUGGAGUUGCUCUAACUGUUCCGUGAUUCGGGUUUCUUGUUCUCGGCGUCUUAUUCCUUUCUCUCUUUCACUUCCUUAUUUCUCUUUACAUAACCGGACUUUUCUCUUAUCCUUUGCGUUGAGCGCUUGCUUUAAUGUCCUCGUUAUUCUUUGCGCUCUCACUCCUCGUUACAUCUACACUCGCUCUGCCCACACCACCCGCAAGACGGUUCCCGCGACUUCAUGACAGACUGACCACAGCUGAGAAGCGGGGAUUGACCGGGACGAUCGGUCUUGGGGACAAUUCUGACCUAUUAUACACAGUACCCAUCCAGCUCGGGAGCACCACCACUGUUGUUAACCUCGACACGGGCUCCAGCGACCUCUGGGUCAUCUCCUCGCAAUGCACAACACACACUUGCGCCAAGACUACGACAGACACCGUUCGCGUGCCGACGAAGGGCCUGAAGAUGACGGGCGCGAAUGUGACGAUGAACUACGGGGAUAGCUUGACCGGGACGUACGCCACGGGACCCAUUGUGCAGGACACCGUGAGCAUCGCUGGUCUGGCUAUCGACAACCAGGCCUUUGCUGCCAUCUCAGACACGACGAACUCAGUCGUCGAGUUCGGAGCAGCGGGUAUUUUUGGACUGGGUUUCCCAACAGAAUCGCAAGUACAAGGCGCAGUGGUCACCCACCAGUUUGGGACGACGACCGCAACAGACCACUUCGUCGCAUCGUCGUAUUCUGAUGGACCCCUCAUCUCCCGCAUCGCUCAGACCGGACAGUUGGAGAUGCCCAUGUUUAGUAUUUCUUUGCAACGGUCGACGAUCGAUAUUUCUGGUGUCGGCGCUUUGACUCUCGGCUCCCUUCCUGCUGGCGUCGAUAACUCGACCAUCACCUGGGCGCCUGUUCGUUUGUACAGCCCUGCGGAAGGCGGAAUCAACCCACCCUCGUUUGCUCCCAAUGAGAUCUAUCCUUUGCGAUGGGAAAUCGACCUGGACGGUGUAUUUUUGGAUGGAAAGGAGCUCGCACCCUCGGCUCUUCCGGCGACUGGUGGUGUGAACAGCACCCGGAUGUCCGCACUGAUUGAUACUGGAAACUCUAUCUUGCGUGGGCCGACCGACGUCGUGGGCAACAUCCUCCAGACGCUGUCGCCGACGUACAUCCCGAGCGCAGCCAGCAGUUCGCCUGUGCUCCCUUGCACCAACGCCCACAAUCUUACGUUCCAGAUCGGUGGAAAGAUGUUCCCUAUUGAUCCUCGCGACCUAGUUACACCCGACGCUGCGGGUGAUGCCACGACUUGUGUCGCUAACACAAUCACGGCCACGGAUCCUCCGGGUGUUGGAGCCUUGUUCCGGUGGUCUCUGGGCGAUCCAUUCUUCAAGUCCAACCUGGUCGUGUUCCACUACGGCAACUUGACACACCCGUCUCAAGACCCACCCCGUAUCGGUUUUGUGUCUCAAGUCCCAAAUAAUGCUGCCGCGUUGUUGGCCGAAGCUGUAUCCAGUGCUCAAGCUAAUGGUGGCAACUUCGAAUCUACAAUCGUCAUCGCGCCGACCGCUGCAGCUGAGCAAGCGGCUGAAGUAACCGUCGUCGCAGUCAGCGCGUCCGCGGAGGCAGCUCAGCUCACGGAUCCUGUCACAGCGACCCCGACCCCGACCCCGACACCCACUGCGGCACCCGCCGCCACGAGUUCGGUACCUAACAAUGCCGGAACCGACGUUGGCUCUCCUGCUGCCAGUCCUUCGGCGUCAGCUGGCGGGUCCAAGACUGGCGCCGCCUCACGAAGUCUGUCGUCUUCGUCGGUGGUACUGGCUGCAGCCGCUGCUUUGCUCUGCAGUCUGUUUGCUUUCGUAUAGUAAUCUAUCAUCUAUCUACUGACUUGCAAUGACAUCGUGAGUGCGUGCAUGGACAAUCUUCGUAGUGCCAAAUAAAUGCUAUCUAUCCACGUCCAAGAUCCUGGUUUGACAGGUUAUUGCUAUUGGACCCUGCAUGUCCCUAGAUUCUACUCUGAGUUUGAGAGUUCUAAAAGCAGUGUGGAACCAGAUCGACCUCUGUCGCUUACCAACUUGAAGCACCAUCAGUUUAGCAUUA